AUGGCAGUCCAUCUCUUUUGUGAUGUUGUACUCGAUCGACGGCUUAGAUAUAUACCUUUUCUCGGAACAGUCAUCGGCCUUUGGACGUUGAAUUUCUCUCUGGCAUCAAUCGGCUUGGCAACACAUCCUCACGAUUUUUACAAACGGGCGGGCAUGUGGUAAGUACAAACUUCCUCACGACAGCACGACGAUACGGUGCACGGCUGACAUUUGCCACUCAGGUGUUGGAUUAACGAAAAGUACAUGCACGAGCGGAUCUGGUUCCACUACUUGUGGGUCCUUACCACCGAGUUUGGUACUAUAUUGCUCUACUCGAUGAUGUUCAUUGUCAUUUGGCGGCGGGUCCGUACAGCGCUAUGGGCUUCAGACGACCAAGAACUACGCGACCGGGCUAUGAACGCUGCGAGAACUGUCAUCGCCUAUCCCAUUGCUUACGUUAUCUGCACCCUGCCCAUCGUUGUCGCCCGUCUGGGAAUCAUGGCUGGGCGCAAGGUCGGCGUAACUGAGCUUGCCGUCGCUGGUUUCUUUCUCACAUCCAACGGCUGGGUGGAUGUCCUCCUCUAUACCACAACCCGGCGCAGUCUCAUCUUCGGUCCUCCACUGCCUCAGGAAGCUGUUCGACCGUUGGACACCUUCGAAUUCGGAGACAUGCAGCUUCAGGGAGAGCACAGCUAUCCGUACGGCGCUCACGGCAAGAUCGUAGACCAUAGCGAAGAGUACGGCGAGCAGCAAUUGAGCAAGGAAAAGGGCUUCGUGAAAAGAGAAGACGUCGAAGUCACCACACAGGAUCUACAAUACGGCAGCGUCAGCUCGGAGGACGUCUGCGAAGGAGAGGACAUCAUCCGUGCGGAGAACGUUGCUCAAGUACAGAAGGAAUUCCGGGACUUCACGGCGGAGCUAGCUGCAGUCUGGCGUCCGAGGAGCAAAGGACGAGAGGCUUGCCGGCCACCGCCUCGGCCUUUGGACUGGGAACAGUUUGAGCGGGUCUGUGACGAGCAUGGGCGACACCGGGAAAGGUACUCGCAUGGUGCUGGCUCAAAGGAUUCGAACGAUUCCAUGGCAUCGGCUAUCCUGCCGCCACCUGCCAGCGCUGAGCGAAGUCAGCCGCAACGGCAUUGA